GGAAACUUUUAAUUUUGUGCUUCAAGAAACCUGAUUACUUCUUGGAUUGCUUUUCUACCUUGGUUUAGAAGAUAACUCGAGGAAAAUGGAAACAGAUGAGGCUCAAGAUAUGUCCCAAGUUUCAGGAAAGGAAAGUCCUCCAACUAGUGAUGUCCCUGAUGAUCCAGAUGAACCUAUGCCUAUACCAGAGGACCUUUCAACUAGUACUGGAGGUCAGCAGAGUUCUAAGAAUGACAGAAUCUUGGCUGGUAAUAUUAAAAUAGAGACUCAGAGUGAUGAAGAGAAUGGGCGUGCCUGUGAAAUGAAUGGGGAAGAAUGUGCAGAGGAUUUACGAAUGCUUGAUGCCGCAGGAGAGAAAAUGAAUGGCUCACACAAUGGCCCAGGCAGCAAGGCUUUGUCAGGAGUUGGAGGCAUUCGACUUCCUAACGGAAAGCUAAAAUGUGAUAUCUGUGGGAUAAUUUGCAUCGGUCCCAAUGUGCUCAUGGUUCACAAACGAAGCCACACUGGAGAACGGCCUUUCCAGUGCAAUCAGUGUGGAGCCUCCUUCACCCAGAAGGGCAACCUCCUGCGCCACAUAAAGCUGCACUCAGGUGAAAAGCCCUUCAAGUGUCACCUGUGUAACUAUGCUUGCCGUCGCAGGGAUGCCCUCACGGGACACCUGAGGACUCACUCAGUUGGCAAACCCCAUAAGUGUGGAUACUGUGGUCGCAGUUACAAGCAGCGCAGCUCUCUGGAAGAACAUAAAGAACGCUGCCAUAACUACCUUCAGACCAUGAAUCUCUCAAGCAGCAUCUAUCCAGUCAUAAAAGACGAAAGUAACCAGAGUGAAAUGGCUGAAGACCUGUGCAAGAUAGGGUCAGAAAGAGCCCUCGUGCUGGAUAGACUAGCAAGUAACGUCGCCAAACGUAAGAGCUCUAUGCCUCAGAAAUUUGUUGGUGACAAAUGCUUGCCCGAUCUUCCAUACGAUGCCAGCAUCAACUAUGAGAAGGAGAACGAGCUGAUGCAGACGCACGUGAUCGACCAGGCCAUCAACAACGCCAUCAGUUACCUGGGGGCAGAGUCCCUGCGCCCCCUCGUCCAGACACCGCCGGGCGGCUCUGAGGGAGUGCCCGUCAUCAGCCCCAUGUAUCAGCUCCACAAGCCUCUUGGGGACAAUCAGAUUCGCUCCAACCUCCCUCAGGACAGCGCAGUGGAAAAUUUGUUGCUGCUUUCCAAAGCCAAGUCUGUCUCCUCGGAACGAGAUGUCUCUCCCAGCAACAGCUGCCAAGACUCAACAGAUACAGAGAGCAAUAAUGAGGAGCGCAGUGGUUUGAUCUACCUGACAAACCACAUAGGUGCCCAUACAAGAAAUGGCAUUUCUAUAAAAGAAGAAAAUAGGCAAUACGAUGUCUUGAGAGCAGGCACUGACAAUUCCCAGGAUGCUUUCAAAGUGAUCAGCAGCAAUGGGGAGCAAGUAAGGGUUUACAAGUGUGAACACUGUCGAGUCCUUUUCUUGGAUCACGUGAUGUAUACGAUCCAUAUGGGCUGCCAUGGGUUCCGCGAUCCUUUUGAAUGCAACAUGUGUGGCUACCACAGCCAGGACAGGUACGAAUUCUCUUCCCACAUAACUCGAGGGGAGCACCGUUUCCACAUGGGUUAAAACACUGGCACAGAUCAAGCCUCAACAGCUGCGUUACUGGAGCUGCACGAGCCAUGACAGCAACAAAGCAGAAGUCAGCUGGACAGUAAAAGUCACGAGAGAAUCAUAAGUUCAGCAAUGUUCUCCCACAAGAACAGGGAUUUCAUUUUGGUAGCAUGCAUUGCAACUCAGUUUUCUAAAAUUCGUUUUUACUGAAAAUGUUUGAUCACCAAAAACCUUUAGUAAUGUAAGUAGGAGUUUUUGUAGUCACAUAGCUGAAAGCCCUUCCCUGAACUGAUGCUUCUUGCAAGCCCCUCUUGCCAGAACUCUUAACCACUUGCAGAGUGCUCCACACAGCGAGGACACAACAGGCAGCAGCAGCCAGGCUUUCUCUCUUAGCACACUGAGUG